AUGAGACUGACCAGUGUGUUAGGGAUUCGGAAAAUCUAUCCUUUCAAGCAAUCUGACUCUUGGUUUAGGAAGGACCAAUGGCUUAGAUUUUCCUUCCUUUUUCGAGGAAGAACUGCCAGAUGCUUCCGCCUAGCACGCGUCCAAGUUAUGAAAGCCCUUAUGCACGUGAAAUCAGUUCGAGAAACCAGACGUCGUGACAUUUACUCCAUGUGGGACUCAAGAAUCGAUCGCGCUUGUAAGGACCAUGGUCUUCCUUCUUCUAAGAUUCUCUACACCGGUCUGGCACAAUCCAACAUCGCUCUCAGCAAAAAUAUGCUCCAUACACUGGCGCUUUAUGAACCACGCACAUUUGAGGCAAAGUCUUGUGGAUAUUGCCAAACAGUACCACUUGGAUGUGGGCUGCGACUUAUUUCAUGCUUCGCCCCCCUCGGGACUUUUCAUUUCCCAUGGUAUGCUGGCAGAACCAAUUACGUGGUGGAAGAUGAUCCAGGAGUUGUUAAUCUUAUCAGGUCACUGUGGAAUCAAAUGCGUUUUGGAUGGAACGUCUCCUUGACGCCUCGAUUUCUACCUGGGCUUCCUGUCCACUUCCUUGGCAAAAAAUAUUUUGAUUUCCCUAAUUCCGAAAUGAAGCAUAAUAUCGAUGGUGAAAUGGGAGCAUUUCUAGCAGACUUUCAGUCCCGUCUCUGGUUUACCUACCGGGAUUCCUUUCCCCCCAUUCCUAUUAUCACCACUCAACCAAUCAUCUCUUCCCUUGAUUCACCGACCAGCGUGCUUCUUAGGACCACUGCUGCUCUGCGCCUUCAUCUAAGAAGCUCGGUACUUAAUUCGGCCUCUAGUCCUUCUAUCGCCCUAAAAAUUCCCCUCUCUACUCGCGUCUCUGACUGUGGCUGGGGUUGCAUGCUCAGAUCUGUGCAGAUGCUGGUGGCACAAGCCCUUCUCGUCCACUUUCUCGGUCGUGAUUGGAUUUAUCAACCCCAUAAGAAUGUGUCGGCACAGGAGCCGAAAUCGCGUCUUCAUCGACGUAUCAUUCGGUGGUUUGCGGACGCGCCAAGCAGUCCUCUCUCCAUCCACCGACUAGUGCAAGCUAGUGGUUCACCUCCGGGCACUCGUUUCGGUCCAGCUGCUGUUUGUCAGGCCCUUCUUGCUGCCAUGGCGUGUGCUGAAGAGGUCGCUUUGAAGGAAUUUGAAGUAUAUAUUGCUCACGACCGGGUCAUCUGCAAAGAAGAGGUGCUUACUCUGUUCGAAGAAACCUCUCCAGAUCUCCCAGAGCACUGUACGCAGAACUCCACAAGCCAAAAUACUCAAGAUCAGCGGAGCGAGAUGAAUAGUUCUGCCGACCACAUUCAAAAUUCUUCAGUACCACCACUUGGAGAUUUGUCAGCCUCCCACAUUCUCAACACCUUGACGGCAGCCUCCUCGUCGAUGAAUGUUGGAAACGGGAAGAAAGAGUCGGAGCGCAGACUCGGUCUCCUCAUCCUCUUACCCAUGCGAUUGGGCGCGGGCGACCGCAUUGAGGCAGGUCACUUGCCAACCCUCCUUCGUCUCCUGCAAGACCCCGCAUGCGUCGGUCUCAUCGGUGGACGUCCUCGGCACUCUGUCUAUGUCGCUGGUGUCCAGUCCGAUCGCCUUAUCCAUCUUGAUCCGCAUUUCUGUCAGGAGGCUGUUGACGUCUCCACUCUGUCUGAUGACGAUGAAUUUGACUUGUCGACAUGGCACUGCUCAACUCCACGGGUCAUGCGUGCACAACGUUUGGAUCCAAGUUUGGCUCUGGGCUUCUACUGUGGCAGUCGUAAUGACGCCGUUAGUCUUCUUCAUCGCCUACCAAUCAUCUCAGAAUCGGAAAUUUCUUCCUCCUCCUCCUCCUCCUCCUCCACCGCUUCGUCGCAUCACCUGAUUGAAGUGGUCACCGCUUCGCAGGUGCAGCACCUCUUUGCACCCCCUCGAUUCCCCGACCCCCAUCCUCCCAGCGACGAUGCCGGAAUCUGCACACACGCACACACUGCCUCGUAUUCACAUACAACAGUAAUGUGCGUGGUGCGCACCAUGCCGCGAGGUGAUUGGUUAAUUCCUCACACGCGUCCGACACACACUAGCCCCAACCAAUCAGCGUCGCACCACUCUGCCCGCGAAUGCAGCCCGCAACGGCAGGUUCCACAUUCCACCAUGGAGGCGUUGUCUAAGUUGUCGUCGGGGUUCCAUGACUUUGCAGCCACAGUUUCUGCACACACCUUUACACACGACGAUGUUAACGCACUACCCACACCCCCCUCAAUUCUCCCACUGGUCCCCACUGACAACGUGAUUAACAGUGGCGACGGGAGCGGCGGUAGUGGACCUCUCUUGAACGUGAAAAUGAGCCCUGGUGGUGGUAGUGGCAAUGGCAGCGGUGAAAUGGAGGGCAAAAUGGGCUUCGUUGUCGAUCAUCAACCACCCCCGAAAAAGCUCUUCUCAGACGAUAUUCCUGUUCUGGAUCCAUUUCCGGGCUAUUAUGGUUUCGAUUUAUACCGACCCCUGUGUGAAGAUGCCUAUGAUUCAAUCGAGACAAAACCCAGUACUGCCUACUUUUUCUUUAAGGAUGAUCAAGGCUGGACGAAUUUGUAUGCUAAAAAGGCACCCACGUGGUGGACCCUCUCCUACUGGUGCCAGCGACAGCCGCCGGACGGCUGCUUCAUUCGUCUGACGCCUGUCUACGGCACCUCUGACAAACAGCAGGAAGUCAUCCAAAGGUGUUUAGAGGACUUCAUGGUCUCUCCAACGCCAGGUCUUUCACGAUACAGUAUGAUCUUAGUUGGCAACUCAAACGCUGAAUACUUCUACGACCCCACUACCGAGCGUCUUUGUGUCACCCUGCCAUACGAGCGUCCAAAAGAAGGCUGUGAGUACAGCCAAUUCAACGGUAAAUUCACCUGCUUCAACAGCUGUCUGUACAAUGGGGGACAAGGAAACAAGAAACCGCUUUAUCUCAUUAUUACUCUGGAACGACCAAUCAAAAAUGGAUCAGCAACGGAAGGUCCAUGUGAGGUACUGGGACGGCAAUGCCUCAAGUUCCGCAGCUGUGCCUGCCCGAAGCGAGACAAGGACAACAACGAGAGACGCAUGGCUCAGGACAUGGGAGAUGGGAAUCUGGCUUCGAAUAGUGUUCUCAGCUCCAAGCGUCGGCGUGAGGGUGUAUCUCAAAGGUCCUCACGAGGUAGUCGUGGCAAGAAUUUCACAUCAACAAGUGACCGCGUCGGAACGCCCCAGUUCUUUCAACAGGAUGAAAUAUCCUCGAGUUCAGGAUACGAUGACCUGGUGCAAAUUGACGGGGAGUCCUUCCAUCUCAUUCUGAUGCCUGCGUACCUUCCCGGGGGAGCGCAUACUCUGCGUCAGAUGCGCUCGGCUCUGCUGAAAAUCUUUCAGACUGCGCGUGACUGCGAAGACGACCGCAAGAACUCCAACUCCGCUGCCUCAGGCUACAGCAGUGAGAGGCAGGAAGAAUUGCUUCAAGCUCUUAAUUCAAUGGAGGGCCGAACUGCUUCACUAUUACGUGAUCUACAAACAUCAUCGACAUUUGUCAAUCCAAACAGUUGUUCAACAGACUCACAACCAAACUCCUCAACAUCACAAGCUUUCACUUGUCCAACUGGCGGAUCGUCUGGAGCGUUAGACCCCAUUGGAAGCUCCACUCUCGACCUCUUAGCUUACGACCACCUACAUUCACAGCACAUAAUCAAGUCGGAGAAUAGUUUCUUACAGCCAUUUUCUGGCCAAACUAAUGAAUACCACCGCAGUCGGAUGAACUAUCCGUCCACACUUACUACAACCCUCGAGAGCGCACACCAACAGCGUGUGAGUGGCUGUUUUGAAAGCAACACUGGUGGAACCGAUCUUCCGACAUUUAAUGGGAUCAGCAUGGACUCCUCAGCUGCCGCGGCUUACGCAAUGAUGCCUUCGGCUUUCCAAUCCUUCCGAGACAGCGAUUCUAUCCAUCACUAUCAACCGAACGUCUUCAUCACAUCCUCGCAGAACACCGUUAACUCGUCCGUCCCCUCAGUGGUCAUCUCCCAAGACAACAAUGGAGCUCUGGUUGCAGCUUUCGGAGCAGCAGUUUCUUCGUCACAAAGCAGUGGAAAGCUCUUCGAAGAAAUUGCUAAUAGCAGGCAGCAACAGUGUCACCAAACAAGUGGAACUGAUGUUUCAAUGGGCGGAUCGGCGGUAGCGACACAGGCGGGGGCGUUAGUGGCGUGCGAGGGUAUAGCAAUCUCAAUCGCAAUAAAUGAGAACAACGGUGGCAAACCGACGACGGCCGUCUGGUCUGGCAGAUGCCUUAAGCUACAGGUCGUCAGGACAGAUGAGUGA